CUCAGUGACACCCUCGAGUCCCAGCCGCAUGCCAGUGCUUGUCCAGCAAUGGUGAGGGAGGUCUGGAGCCCCAGCACUGAACAAACAGCCCACAGCUUGUGUGAUGGCUGUGUCCGUCAGGACGACAUCUUCGAGGCUGUCAACGAUGGCAAUUUGCUGCGUGUCACGCAGCUAAUCGACAAGCGAGGCAAGAAGAUAUUGGACACACGAGACGAAGAUUCCUUCACCAAGGUAGGCAACUGUAAAAGGUCGCCUUUCUGUGCUUUCCCAUUCCUGCACUCUCCAUUCCUUUGACUGCAGUUCACGCCCGUCAUUGAGGCUGCAGAGGAGGGGAAAGUUGACAUCAUGAAGGUCAUGUACGAGCGGUACGGCCCGUCGAUACUGCAGCAACGAGACACGGUACCACCACAGCCAAAUGCCCAUGCAUGGCCAUGGUGAUGAUAUGUCUUGUGCUGUCGUGGACUGCAGGGUGGUGAAAGCGCCCUGCAUUGGGCUGCAUUCUGCAAGCAGCUUGCAGCUGUCAAUCAGCUGCUGGCGUGGGAUCCCAAGCUGAUCGACGCACGCGACAGAGUAAGAAAGUACAUGUACACAUAUCUCCGAUGGGCUGUCGUGUGUCGAUUGAAUGCACAUUGUAUGCAGACCAAGCGGACAGCCUUCCACGCGGCCGCCGACCAUGAUGCUGUUGAUGUGAUGAAGGCCAUGUGCGCCAUCAAAGGCAAAGACCUCCUCACAGAGACGGACGACGUGAGACACACACAGGGGGACUUGCAUGUAUAUGGUGUCUCUCUUGCAUACGUCAGAAUGGAGACACGGCACUGCAUGUUGCCCUCACUAUGGGUCAUUUGGCUGCUGCGGCUCAGCUGCUGGAGUGGGGCGGUCCACAGCUGCUGGAAAUCAAGAACGACGAGGUAAGUCCACCUUCACCAUGUCCUCUCUUCACCAUCGAUGAUCGUGACGGAUGGCAACAGGGUGUGACGCCGUGGGAUAUGACGGCCGAGAAGCCCAAAAUGAGAAAGGCCAUCGAGAAAUACAAACAGUAGAGGAAUCGUCAAGGCCGCGCUCUGUCUGUGUGUCGGCGUCAUAUAGCACCAGGGGUAUCUAUCCUUCACGGGAUAGGUUGUGUGACGUGACUGUAUGUGUGGAGUGGUCACCUUGGUUGCUGCAUGGGCGUCUCUCGAAGCCAGAGACUCAUGCAGCUGAGGUCCGUGCGUGGGGGGAAG